AUGAGGGCGUCACAAGCUAUCUUCCUCCUCCUGACCCUGGUCACAUCCAUCCACGCCUUCGCGCUCCCGGACGCCUUCGACGCAAGCGGCGAGAAGUUCUCAGACCUUUGGAAACGUAGAGGCGGUGGGGGUGGUCGCGGGGGUGGCGGGUUUUCCUCAGGCGGCGGCCGAAGCAGCGGAGGCUCAAGUGGCGGCCGUCCACCAUCAACACGCGGCAACUCCAACACCGGUGGACGCACCAGCGGCGGCUCAGGACCCCAACCUCGCUCCUACCCAUCUGGCAACUACUAUGGCGGCGGUGCGCGAGUGCCCUACCGAGCCGGCGGCCGAUCACCAGGCGGUGUCGCACCCGUCUUCCUCGGCGCAGGCGCUCUAGCGUUCUUCCCUGGCAUCUGGCUCUACGGCGCAUACCGCUACAACUACGAUGGAGAAUACGACUACCACAACCGGACCAGCGGCAGGAACGAGAGCCGACCGGUGGAGUGCCUGUGCGGCCGCUACCAGGAGUGUGGGUGCAAUCAGAAUAACAACUUCGAUUAUCUUACCGCCGUGGCCAACAACAACUCGAUCUCGCGCGUGGCGAAUGUGGACGGCGAGCAGACGCUCGUGAUCAACGGUACGCUACCGAAUGGAACAACGGUCGACAGUGCGGCGGGAAGCUACAGGCAGAAUUUGGCGGAGAUGAGUGGGUAUUGGGUCGCGGCGGGGAUUGUGGUGUAUGCGGUGUGGUUUAUUUAA